AUGAUUUGUAGUGGCUUUCGUUGGCUUAAAUGGCUUGAUAGAAGUAAGAUUGGCCCCCUGGUUGAGCGCAUAAUAGCGAACCCAGGUGCCUACUCUUCUGCUUACAAGCUACGUAUCCUUAAUCAUUGUAUGCCUUCUUACGUUGCUAAACACCUUGCGCCUCUUAUUGGGAUUCAUGACUUUAAGCGCCCUGGUCAACACUAUUCUACUUCAGCGGCUGCUCCUAGCAGUUUGCCCGGUGAUUCUCCUUGCUCUUCUUCGGGAGCUGCUGCUUUCGAUACUUCUACCUUGGCUACCUCAGCUUCGCCUUCUACUGAGCUUUCAUCUACCACUGCUGGUUCACUAUGCUCUCCCUCUUCUAAGGAGGCGGAAUCUAACUCUCCUCCUGACUCCACUUCUGGGGGUUCCUCACCAUCUGAUUUCUCGAAUAGAGGCAAAGAGCAAGGUAAACCAACUCGAAAAGUGCCGGGCCGUACCCUUAUCAGGCCCGGCACCGGCCUUACCAAAGCCCAAAAAGCUCUGAUUGUCGUCCCGCCUCAAUUACAACAGGUCAUUACAGGUAUGAUUCUAGGCGAUGGUCAUUUGCAAUUACGCGGCUCUCUUGCAAGAUUUACAAUAGGCUUAAAGGACAAGGAGUUUGCCUAUCAUCUGUGGGAUCUCUUCAAUUCAAUAGGGAUCGUGGGAGCAGAGCCUUACUGUUCAACUAGCGUUAUUAAACCUAGCGGGAACCUUAGUGUAACUUAUCACUUCGUUACCUUUACACUACCUUACUUUACUCAUUUAUACCACAACUGGUAUAGACUAGACAAUGGGAAAAAGGUUAAAGCUCUUCCUUCCAACAUAGAUGAACUGUUGACCCCUGUGGCUCUUGCUUAUUGGAUCAGUUCAGACGGGUCUUACAAUAAGACUCAAGGAGCAGUAAUAAUUCAUACUGAAUCCUUCUCUCCUGAUGAGGUUGAGAUCCUCCGUUCUAUCUUAUCGGACAAGUUCAAUAUAGAUUCUACACGGUGUGCCUCCCCUUCUGCAUGUUCUCAGGGUGAUUCUGAACCUUGUGGCUCUUGCUCGGCUACUACUACUGCUCACUCUCAGGAGGACUUUACGUCUUCGGAUUUACCUCCAACCCACUCCAAUGUGAAACCUAGUAAACGUUAUCAAAAACUGCCGGGCCGUACCCUUAUCAGGCUCCUGCGGUCGUCCAACCCGUUGGGUCAGACCGCAGCCGGCACCGGGCUUAGCGAAGCCGAAAAAGCUGCAAUAGUCUUCACUGAUAAGAUUAAAGAACUCAUCACUGGUGUAAUAUUAGGUGACGGGUAUAUAAGAAUGGUCGGGACCGAAGCACGUUUAGAAGUCCAGCAAAAGGAUAAAGAAUUCGUCUUACUGCUCUGGGAAGUGUUUGACUCUAUAGGUCUUGUCGGUGCGAAACCUAAAGAACUCUCUUCUUUCCUAAAGGAAACGGGUAAAACCUACUACGCUUCAAAAUUCGUAACCUUUACUCACCCCUACUUCACUGAUCUUUACAACAAUUGGUACACUAAAGUUGAGGGGAAAAAUGUGAAGGGUUGGACGGCCGCAAUAGCUGAACGGAUAACUCCUAUUGCAUUGGCCUUUUGGGUUAGUGGGGACGGGUAUUUUCAUAAGAGCGGUGGUCAAGUACGUAUAGCGACUCAUGGCUUUACCAAGCUAGAGGUUGAACAAUUAGCUGCACUCCUAUUGGAGCAAUUUGAUCUGAACUCCAGAAUCCAUAUUCAAAGAAACCAGAAAGGAAUAGAACAAUACUUCAUUUAUAUUCCCAAACGCGAACUACCUAAGCUGCAACACCUUGUGAAACCUUUCAUUCCUCCUAUGAUGGCCUACAGAGUGGGCCUUUAA